UCCACGCAGCCACAGCGCUCAGUUGCAGAUAAUCGUGAACCGGCGCAUCCAAGUUCAGCCGUUUAUCACGCCUAGUGGUCCUUACGUCCUAACCAGCCAGACUAUUUGCGAUGACGUGUCUCCCAUCUGUCCGCUACCGCAGCUGAAAAACAACAAAUAAAACAUCUCAAUUUAAACAUUUUAGAAGUGUUUAUACUGCGGUUAUGGCAGGCCUGCAUCGCACGCGUAUAUUCGGCUCCAUCACACUGUUGUUCCUGUUGUCCUGUGACACCCUGUUGAGUGAUGGACCACCCACUUUGCUGUCCACCUCCCAGCCCUCUCCUCUGUCCCUCAUUGACCUGGAUCUAGAUGUGGAGGAGCAGCCUGAGAUGAUGACCGUUCCAGGCAGCCCCACCACGGUACCAGGCCUAACCUCCCAGGGACGGGAGACCUCCCAGCAGGACACGUCCCAGGAGUCCUCAGGGUUCUUCAGUGAGGACGGUGAAGACAACAAGCCUCUCCAGUCCUCUGUUAAUCUCUGGGACGAUGUCAGAGACCAAGUCAACAUCACUGAUCUAGACAGGAACUCCCUCAGAGGUUACAGUCAAACCCUCUCCCAGUCCUCCACCUCUCCUAUGGAGGAACCCAGACAGGGGAACCACACUUCUCCUUUCAUGACUGCGAUGGAGAAUCUGGAGCGGGAGUUAUGGGAGAUGGAGAGAGAGUCCAGUGGCCUCCCCGUAGAGCCUGGCUAUGCCCAGAACCAGGGCCUGUCUACCACCACCACCAUCCCUGCUGCUGACCCGGUGGUUCCUGUAGACUCCACCACCUUAGACCCACAAUAUGUCCCUGUACACGGGGGCCAGGAAUCACCUCCUGGGGACACAGUGGAGGUAGAGGUAGCAGAGGAGGAAGAGGAGACGGAUGGGGAGAUGAAGAGGGAGAGUCCCACCACUGAGCCUGACGUCUCCAUCGCCACCUCCAGACCCACCCUCCCAGAGGUGGGUGUCUUCCCCAGCUUUGGGCCCCUCCAGCCGGACAACAUUCAUACAGAAGACCGGGAGGAGGUGGUGGAGGAAGAGGAUGAAGAGGAAGAGGAGACAGUGGUCCUUGGAGGACCUGGGAGUGACAGGGGGGGAGGAGGGUCCAUCUCUCCCCUGACCACGGUCCCUUCUGCUUCUUUGGCCCCCACAGUCGGCUUCACAGAGGACUCCUGGGAUCGUCUGGAGGAUGGGAGGGAGGGCCAGGAGGAGGAGGAGAGGAGGCAGGAGGAGCAGGAGGUUAAAAAUGGAGGAACAGAGCUGUUAACAGAGACAGAGAUCCUCCAUGGUGCACACUUCUCACAGGAGAUACAGCAGGUGAUCUGUGUGGACUGGAGCGAUCUGGCUGGGAAGGGCUACAUCAUCCUCAACAUGUCAGACAGCGUUGACUGUGAUGAGUUCCGUGUGGAGAGUGGGGACCGGCUCCUGGAGCUACUAGAAACAGCCUUCUCUAGGAAGAUGGAUAGUCCUCAGGGCUCCUGGCUCAUCUCUCUCUCUAAACCCACCAUGCAGGACCACCAGCUGCUCAUCACACUGGCCAGCGAACACGGAGUUAUUGCCACCAAGGAUGUGCUGUCGAUGUUAGGUGAGAUAAGGAAAGGUUUACACGAGAUUGGCAUCCAGAGCUACAGCAGUGCUAGCACCUGUCACUCCAGACCCAGUCAGACGCGUAGUGACUACGGGAAGCUGUUUGUGGUCCUGGUGAUCAUAGGUUCUGUCUGUGUGGUCAUCAUCACCUCUGGUCUAAUCUAUAUCUGCUGGCAGAGACGCCUGCCUAAGCUGAAGACUAGGACUCGAGGUGAGGAGCUGCAUUUUGUGGAGAACGGCUGCCAUGACAACCCCACCCUGGACGUGACGAGUGACGGGGGACAGCCGGAGAUGCAGGAGAAGAAGCAUCACCAUUACCAACACGCUAACGGACUGACGGCUGGGACCGGGUCUGUGGGGGUGGCCGGGGGGGAGGGAGGGAGUAGUGGCUGGCAGGUCCUGGUCAACAAACCCGGAGGGAAGGAAGAGGAUAAUAUGGAAGAGGACACACACCUUUAGUAAAGAGACGAAGAAGAGUGAAGGAGGAUGGAAAAAGGGUAGCCUGGAUCCAGAUCUAUUUGUGCUGUCUUGCCGACUUCUAUGGUCAUUGUCACAUUUGGCUUGGUGAAGAGGGCACAAACAGACCUGGGAGUCGGACUAGGCUAGACAGAGAACUCAUGAUGAAGAAGCAAAAAAUCAUCAGUGUUGUGAAACUUGUGAAUGCAUCGGCUGUCAAAUUAGAAACACACGUGAAGUAAACUAAUCAGAAGAAACAACUUCUUUAAGCUACUUAGAUGUUUUAUCUAUUGACUAUGAUUAUAUGAUAUGGACUUGAUCAUCUACUCUGCUUUCCUUUUUUUUUGUAAACUAAGCAUGAUUCACAUCUAUUACUAAACACUUGUACAGCUACAGGGACUUUUCAGAAUGUUGAAACAUUGAAUGUUAGAAUAUCCAAUCAGAGUGAAUAGAGGAGAUAUCCCACCGUUAUGAGUAUGAAUGUUCGUAGUGGAACUGCUGAAGUUAGGAUAUUGUAUUUAACAUGUUGAAUGCAGACGCGAUAUGCUAGCUAUUCUGUAUUAUGUCGAGUUGGAAUGACUCCUCUGUAUCUGGUCAGUUCACACUGAUCUUAUUUCAAAAUCACACAAUCAUUUGGAAGCGUCCAUUACUCCCAGCCUCCUUACAAUCAAGAAUACGUCAACGAAAUAACUAGUUUGGUUGCCGGAUCUGAUAGCGUUAGCAAACUGAUCUCUGGCUGCUGUGGCAUGGUAACAAACAAGGGGUUGGCUAAAGCACGAGCACAUCUGGCAACCAGUCUGCAAAACAACAGAGGGAGGCUGGCAAUAUUUAAAACGCUUUCAGUUAUAUCACACUGAAUUAAUUGAUUAUAAGCACAGCUAAUAUUGUUUUGGGCUAUUAACUGUAGAAGUGAAGGCCUGUAAAUAUGAAUGUAUUUUGAAAUCAUGCUGCUAGAAUUUCUUCUGUGGCAUUAAUGACAUUCUGUCAUUUAAAUGUGAACAAUAUAUCUUCUCUGCCUGGCAGUAUUGCCACUGCUUCAAAAUGGUGGGAUAUGUUUUUAGUGCACAGUCAGCUUGAGGUCAGCUUAUUUUACAGAAAGCGAACAAUAUCACCAAGCAGGCAUGCUGGCACACAUCUCCCAUAGCCUACACUGUGCUUGGCCUAUAAGUAUUUGAAACGCUUAAAUCAGUAAUACAAGCUAAAACUGUUUUGUGUUUGUGUGUGUGUGCGUGCGUGCUAGUGUGUGUGUGGGGGGGGGGGGGGGG